UUGUUAUUUUAUGAUUAUCCACCACACUCAAAGCUAACAUAGUUUGCUCGAUUAAUUCAACUGAAUUAGAGAAACCCUUUGUGGCGUGGCUGGACAGAACAUUUGUUAUUCUUCUCAUGGAGUCAUUUUGAUGAAUAUUUACCAUUUAAACAUAUAUAUGUUUGACCGCAAGCCAGACGUAUUAUUAGACAGAGAGAAAGGCUUUGGUAACAAACACCCUUCAUACUUAUUCCCACUUCACAUCCUCGCUCGAGGUGGAUUAGUGCACUUCAGAAGGAAGACGUCCAUUCUACCGUCACCAAUAACAGGCAUCUUAUGUUAGACAUUUCAGAGACGGCACUUGAUUGGUCGGCCGUGCUGUAUACUUGGUGCGCGAGCCACAUCUGACUUUGACGGAGUUCGAUCUCAACUUUUUUUUACGCGGGGUCGUUUAAGAAGACGGACUUAGCGAUGUGUCGCAACAUACUACAGCCCGCCAUGGCGCAGUUAGGAGAGCCGAGCGCCGGAGCAGAUACUUCAUUUCCAAAUUACUCCUAUGAUAUGAGCGGCAAUUAUACUGAAGCUGGAAACCUACCCUUCUCCCUGGCGGCUCCGAUUUUCAUGAUAUGCACCGUCAUAGUGGGGACUCUCGGAAACGGAGGAUUAAUUUACAUACUCUUGCGGAACCGCGACAUGAGAAACAUACCUAACCUCCUGAUUUUGAACUUGUCACUUGGAGAUUUCCUCUAUCUAACUUUCAAUGUGCCGUUUUACAUCGCCACUUAUUUGUCCGGUUCUGUCAAAUGGAACCUUGAUCUGUGUCGAUUUGUAAAUGCUGUGCAAUUUAUUUCACAGGGCGUGUCCGUCUUGACUUUGACUGCAUUGAGCACGGACCGGUAUUACGCAAUCGCUCGACCUCUGGAGCAACGACAGAGCAACUCGACUCGGCGAACUCUCGGACUAGCUGCAGGGAUCUGGCUGCUAUCCACCAUCUUCGCCGUACCAUCCAUGGCACUGGCUACCACAGAAACAGGAGGUUGUUCGUUAGCCUACCAAACCCCAGGAACUAGGGGUUACUACGCUUCACUCUUUAUAUUCUUGUACGUCAUCCCACUUGUCGUUAUAUCGGUGUUUUAUUCACUCACAGCAAUCGCUCUUCUGAAAGGAACCUUCAAACUCGAAUCUCGAGUUCGUCAAGGUGGUAACGAGAAGCGUAUUCGAUCACGGACUCGUCUGGCCAUCAUCAUCCUCAUCGCAGCCGUCUGCUUUGCCAUCUGUUGGUUUCCUUUCUACUUGUUCACUCUCUGGUUCGAGUUCGGUUUCGACCCCAGUCUCUUCAUCAAACCCGCCAUGUUUUGUCUAUUUGAUAUGCACUAUCUGCUACCUAUACUGGGAUCAUGCCUCAACCCCAUCAUCCUCUUUGUCAUGAGCUCCAACUAUCGGCGCCACCUUCGUGACAUCUUCAGGUGCAACUCGACAGCGGCAAAGCGCCACUUCUCUUCAGCGAAGUCUUGGACGAUGAUGUCCCUUCGCACCAAUUCCUACUCAUUAUCCCCGAGCAGUGUGACUGAAAUGCCGACCCGGUGUUCAACCCACCUGUCGUAGCCACGUCAGAGGACAGUUUACACAGUGAACCAGCUUCGAAUUGUGAGGAAUCUAAGAUCAGGCCAUUAACAAUGGAAACACAAAGAGGUAUAACUUUGAAUGAUAAACAAAUUACUGACAUGUUUAUAAAUUGUCCAUUUACAGCACUAUAAACACUGAUUUCUACGAAAGUUUUCUUUUCUUGUUGUAACGACUGGUACUAGGGCAUUACCUACUUAAAAUUUGUUUGUAUAAAAGAAUAAUCGCUAUAUAUACGGAUAAAACAGAACUUUAAAAACAAAGAAGAAACCGCUGGAUGGUCAUCUAUAUAUUUUUCUAUUUCAUGAGUUCAGAAAGAAAGUCUUUUAAUAUCAGUCAGCCCAUAUAUACGCUUGUAAAUAUUGCAUUCCUAAGAGAUUUAAGGAAGAUAGGAAGUUUUUUCUUCCUACUAAUAGCGAAGCCCUGCAACAGAAAGAAAUGCUCUUGUUUCAUCAAAAUAGAACCAAUCUCUCUGCGAACAUUUUGAACGAUUCCUUUAAAAGAAUUUUCCACUAGGAAAAUGAAUUGAUUUUCUUAUCCAUCUGUAUUAUUUUAUCUUGUACACUCACGUUGUAAAAUAUAUGGUUUGGUCAACAUGAUUAAGAUGUAGAUGGAAAAUUCCAGCUGUAUCAGAUUAAGACUAAAAUUUUCCCAUUCUGUCUUCUUUUAAUCAAUGGUAAUAAGCUGAUAACGGUCAUAAUGUGUCCCCCAGUUCUCACUUUCAAACUUCAAAAAAGCUCCUAAGACGAGCGUCUUUGUCUAUUUUGAAGGAAUUGCCGAUUACUUUGACAUAAUUGUAUUUCAUAACUCAAGAUAAAUUUAUCUACAGACUAUAUGCGUGAACCAUUUACAGUCAGACAAAACAAAUUCAUUUAUUAUUUAACAUUUAAACCUUUCGAAUUGUUUUAAAAUAAUCUUUAAUCUAAUAAUUUUAGAGUAAAAACAUUGCAGUGUUUGAAAUUUCCAUUUUGUUGACAAAUUAACAUUCAGGUUCUCAAAUGACAAAUAUGAAACAUAACAAAAUAUUCUCGUCCAAACCUUGGUAUAGGUACAAGGUUGAUAGUAAUUUGAUACACAAUCUUUUCACUACUUAAAUGUCACAAAGUAGAAUUGCUGGUACUCUCAUGGACCUAUUAUAAGUUCAUGGUAUAGCUUGAAUAGAUACAUCACAUUGACCACAAUAACCGAGUAAAUAUACUCCUCAACAUACAUACAGUUUUUGAGUUUGUUUAUGUAGAAUUAAGUAAAUAUGUAAUCAUUCAUAAUGUAAUAACUACUACACUCGAUUAUAUGAACACAUCAUCUGCAGUUUCUUUAUCUUCAUUAUCAUCAUCGUCGUCGUCAUCGUUAUUUACAACAUCAUCCCAUCACUGUGAACAUGAUAAACGUCCCGGGUGAACGUCAUCUUAAAAUGUAGUUUUGAAAACAAAAGUACAUUCAACCUUGUUUCUCUUUCGAGUUCGCAUUUUAUAGGUUACCAUACGGCCCUACUUCAAUCCUUUUUAAAAAAAGGAUGACAAAUGAUUUCUUUGCAGGGCCUGUGCAAGAGCAGCGGUCUCUAUAUAGCGCAAUAAUCUAAGUUCUUAAGCAAUUUGUGAUUUGAUGGAUGAUUUAGUUAUUAUUUAUUCUGUCAAUAACCCCUUUAUAAUCUUCUUCAUACUUGUAUCCGCUUAUGUAAAAAUGAAUUCCCAUUAUGCUAUGUUUGAAUGUCUGAUUGUCAGAGUUCGUUAGCAUGCAGAGAAUUUAAUACCAUGUUUGUCAAAAUGUCCUUUACAAACCCAUUGUAAAUUUUAAGGUGUACAUGUAUACUUAUAAAUUAUUCAUCAAUCUCCAUUGUGUUAAAGAUGUAUUAACCCCUUUUGAAAUAGUUUGCAAGUCGAUGCUAUAUUUCCGCGUUAUUACUAAUAGUUGAAAAAGGAUCGAGCCGGUAAUUGUUCUUGACUAUACGUACACAAUGUCAUCACUUGGAAUUCAUAAGGUGUGAUGCAGACCCACAAAAAUAAUGUGAAAAAUUGCACUUACAUUUUAAAGAAGAGUUACAGCAAAAAGUAUUUGAUAAGACUGGAUGGAUCAAGUCCUUUCUUACCUAGAAGGUACACAGUGAUUAAAAGAACAUUCCCGUCAAGUAAUUAGUUAAAGCUGUUUCGCAAAAUAUAUUGUCUGCGAGUUUCUAUCAAUUAUUUCAUGAAUGAACGAUAUGAUUAAAAAGCCGAAAACAUUCGUAAACGUGCAAGUUUUUUGGACUGAUGCAGUCAUGCAAAAUGAAGUACGUCAUACUGACCAGACGGAUCAAGUACAAGAGAUGCUCAGCUGUAAAAGAAAAUAUAAUUAAAAAAAGGCAAUACAAUUUUCCCUGUGGGAAUCUUUUCCGCAAUCAGAUAAUUACUGUGACCUCAGGAGGUGAAGAUUAAUUUAAAGAAUAGUAC